ACAAAGCAAGCGAAGAUAAAUCUAAAUGCUGUACGUCUCUCUCUUCUCAGGGAGUUUAUAAAUACAACCAGAGCCUCCUCCAUUUUUAGCAUCAAGAAUCAGCAUGACCGGGCAGCACGAGAGCGAUCAGCCCAUCUCUCCCUUCUUGGCAAGGUUCCACGCAGACCUCUUCCGCGUCUCCAUGGCCCUUGCGAGCCAAGCUGUCCUCUGGAGGACGCUGAACUCCGCCUCUUUCUCCGAUCCAUGGCCUCCCAUCUUCAACUCUAUCGUCGAGAAGUCCUUCUGGCUGCUGGCUGCUCUCGUCCUCUCUUCUUCCUCCCUUGCCUACCUCUUCAAAUGCAUCUUCUACUUCGACGUCGUCAAGGCCGAGUUCCUCGACCGGUGGCGGGUCAACUACUUUUUCGCCCCAUGGAUUGCCGCCAUCUUGCUCCUCCAAUGCCUCCUUCCCAACAGAUACGACCGGUGGAGGGGCAGCGGCUGGGAGGGAAUCAAAUUCCUGAACUGGGGCCACUUGAACUCCGCCAUCUCCAGGGCCUUUUGGUGUGCUUUCACCAUGCCCAUACUUCUACUGGAGGUGAAGAUCUAUGGCCAGUGGUUCACCAAGGGCAAGCGCUUCCUCUCCACCGUCGCCAACCCAUCCACCCACAUCUCCCUCAUCGGCAACUUUGUCGCCGCCCAGACCGCCGCCCGGCUGGCCUUGCUGGAACUCAGCCUCUUCUUGUUCGCCGUGGGCAUCGUGCACUACGUGGUGGUGUUCGUGACCUUAUACCAGCGCCUGCCUUACAACGACUCGUUCCCGGCACAGCUGCGGCCCGCUUCCUUCCUGUCGAUUGCGGCCCCCAGCAUGGCGUGCGUUGCGUGGGCGUCCCUCACCGGCGACUUCGGCUCCGGCUGCAAGAUGUUGCACUUCCUCUCUCUCUUCCUUUUUACAUUGCUAGUUGUGAGGCCUGUCCUGUUUGUGAAGGCAAUGAAGAAGUUCAACGCUGCAUGGUGGGCAUACGUGUUUCCUGUCUCGGUUCUUGCUCUCUCCUCGGCGGAGUACGCAAAGGAAGUGCCGACCGUCGUGGCCGAGGCUCUCAGAAGGGCCAUGUCUAUGAUAUCACUGGCCAUGACCAUGGCCCUGAUCCUGCUCACUGUCGUUCACAGAAAGACCUUCUUUUCUGGAGACCGGUUUCCAGCCUCCUCCUCCCAAACCAAGGUCUUGCCGGUGACUUCACCUCCUAAGUCCAUCCAAGACAAUGAUUCCGACCCCGUCCUCCCUCUAUGAAUCA